CCUUUUAGUGCCUGGUGGCAAGAGCUACAGUACAGCAAGAACAACGGAGAGGCCCUUAACAAAUGUUUCUUUCGUGCUGUAGGUAACUGGAAUCAGAUAUGAAAGGCAUCCGUGGUGGGAAGGUUUAAUAUUACCACACUGCUCCAUUGUAUUUGUUUAUUAGGUUGCCUGAGAUGUUCUCUGAAUCUUGGAAGCUGGAUGGCCGUAACUGGAAAAGAUCUUCCAUGCAAAAGAAACCCAUCGUUCUCAGACUUCAAAGUAGCUACAUGUUCAAGGCCCCUGGUGGCAGCACCGUUAGUUUGAACGAAGGGGAUAUUCUCCUAGUGCUGAAAAAGUCUGAUAAAGAUUGGUGGCAAGUUAAGAAAAUUGACGAUAGUGAAAAAACUAAACCUUUCCAUGCACCCUCUUCAUAUAUCAACCAAUUGAUCUUGGAGAAGAACAUAGAGCACAGAAGCAAAGACAAGGAAGGCAUCAAACAUUUUACUAGAUCACAAGAGAACUUGCUAUUUUUCAGUCCUAUUUCUUCUACAAUGGAUGACCAGUCUUACCUUAAGUUUCACUCAGGCGAGUCUUUUACACCAACGAUUCCUCCGUCUACCAAGCAUAAGAAAUCUGCCAGUUUCUCCCUUAGUUCCUCUUGGCAUGGUCAUUUUCCUAAAAGUGAGAAGGAGAAAUCUCCAUUUUACAAAUGUGUAUCUGAAAAGGUGAGCUUAGCGAAACCAAUGCAGGAAAAUCCAGUGUAUAGUAACCUAGAGGACAUGAAGAUGGGAAAAGGUAUUCCUCCCAGCCCCAACCAUCCUCCUGUCCACAUGAUUGACAACUGGGAGUGCCACUUUGACCCUCUCUCAGGCAGAAACUUCUACAUCAAUACAGAAACCAAGGAGAAAACCUGGAAACCCCCCAGGAAAACAAGGGACCAGACCCCUGUACUGAUCAGUGACCUUCCAUUGGAGCAGAACAGCAUAAGCCCACUAAGCAGCUCACUCUCGUUUAGCAGCCUUCACAGUAUAAGUAAUGAUGGACAAUUGGAUGGGGAGGAGUCUCCGCUACAAAAACUCACCUACACCAAAUCUAUGAUCCUGUCUAAUUCAAGAGUUACAAGGUCGAACCAUAGGAGGAACCUCUCACAAUCUAAUGUUGACAACUAUAGUCAUACACCUUCAGAACUGCAAAGGGUCCCAUCGGUGACUGUCCUGGAUAUUCCCCAUGAGGUGGAAAAGGCAAGCCAGUUAAACAAGACGAAAAUUGCUGAAGGUGGAAGGAAGCUGAAAAAAAACUGGACUACAUCUUGGAUGGUUUUGACAGGAAACAGUCUCAUGUUUUACAAGGAUCCAAAAGUACAGGCACCUUCUGGUUGGAAACCAUCCAAUAGUAAACCUGAAAGCAGCAUGGACCUUAGAGGCGCAACAAUUGACUGGACUCAGGAGAUGUCAAGUAAAAAAAAUGUAAUCCAUCUUCGCAUGGUGACAGGGAAUGAGUACCUUCUGCAGUCUGACAAAGAUCUCUUAAUUCAGGAGUGGUAUGAUGCCCUACAAAGAGUCAUUGAGAGACUGGAAAGAGAAAACCCACUGGAUGACAUCAUUUUAAGGAGAGCGGGUAGUGUGGAGGUCCUGGAUGGCAGUGGUGGGGAGGAAGAAGGUCCUCUGAAAACCAAAGACAAUCGAAAAUUCUCCUUAUCUUGGGUGAGUUCGAAUCCCUCAGGCUUAGACAAAAAGAAAGUGAAAACAAGGCUGAAGAAACUGUUGGUAAGGAGACCUCCACUGCAAACUCUUCAGGAAAAAGGCCUUAUUAAAGAUCAGGUUUUUGGAUGCCGCCUGGAUGCUCUUUGUCAUCGAGAGAACAGUACAGUCCCUAAGUUUGUGUGUAUGUGCAUAGAGGCUGUAAAUGAGCGAGGUCUGGAGGCUGAUGGAAUAUAUAGAGUCAAUGGUAAUUUGGCAACUAUACAGAAGCUGCGAUUCAUUGUUGACAGAGAAAGGGCAGUAACAACGGAUGGACGGUACCUAUUCCCGGAGCAGUUGUCCCAAGAGGAGAAGUUGGACCUCAGUAGCAGUGAUUGGGAAGAUGUCCAUGUGAUCACUGGGGCUUUGAAAAUGUUCUUCCGAGAGCUUCCUGAACCCCUCAUUCCAUUCAGCAUGUUUGACCAGUUCAUAGAAGCAGUCCAAAUUCCAGAUCUUGACGAAAGGAUAGAAACUAUUAAAGAGCUAGUGAGUGUCUUGCCAGAGCCUAACCAUGACACAUUAAAGCACAUAACCUCUCAUCUAAAAAGAGUAAUGGAGCUCUCUGAAGCAAACCGCAUGACCACUCAGAACAUUGGGAUUGUUUUUGGACCAACGUUGAUGCGACCAGAAAAGGAGUUGUUUUCCAACAUUGCAGCAAAUAUGGUAUAUCAGAACCAAGUAGUGGAGCACUUUCUCACUUACUACAAGGAGAUCUUUUCAGAUGGUCCUGAGGAGUAGGGACAGAACUCUGACCUUUAGUUUGUGCAUUUUUCAAGCCUAAAAUCUGUCAUUGAAGAUAUUUUCAAAUUUUGGGACAUUACAAUAAUCUGCAACUGAGUCAGCAAAUAAAUGCAAGCUCCGGAAAUGACCCUUGUCUAAACAGCAUAAUCUAAUUUAGUGGUUGCAGUUUUUACAUUUUGAAAUAUCCAGCGCUGUGUAUACAUGGAAUGCUCUAAAAAUAAAAUAUACUUACAUGGCAAGGGUUGCAGAUAAAAUGAGACUCACCUUUAUAAUGAAAAAAAUAGGAUGGUUAUUGUCCAUUGACAAGUUCUUCUAUAGCAUGGACCACCAGAAAUAAGUCUUGCCUCAAGAUGAGCGGCUAUUAAACAGAAUUAAACACUGGAAGAUACUGUCUUUGGAUUUAUUGACUUCUAUAGCCACUUCAUAUGGACAUUCUAUGCAGCAAGCAAGAAACAUUCUACUGUAUGAAAAAGAAAUGUAUACAAAUACAUACAAAGUAUGGGUCAUUUCUGUGCUUCAGUCACAGUCAGACAACAAUGACACGGUUUUUGAGCCAGACUGAGUAUAAUACAAACUAAUUAAUUAUACUGAUUACUGUAAAGUUUAUAUGACUUCAGAAAUGAUGUUUUCUAGUUCAGAAGAAGACGGUUUCCCUCAACCAAUUAAAAGUAGCUGUGUAUGGAUUUGUGUUUGUAUUGACUGGGUUUGAAGGCUUCUGUUACAUGAGUCAUUUCCAACCACAGUGUCCAUUUGCUUAUAAUCAAUGGGAUAUUUAAUAUUAUCACUUUCCUUUAGGUACCAUUUGUCAUAGCACAAGUAGCACAAGAUUUUUUAUCAGUGUUUAACCUUAAGGGUCAAGGCACAUGCUCAGAUUCGGGAGAUUAGUCGCCCGGCGACAAAUCUCCUCUUCUUCGGGGCAACUAAUCUCCCCAAACUGCCUCCCGCUGGAUAGAGUAUAAAUCGCCGGCGUGAUGGCACUCAAAGCGCUUUGUUUUCUGAAGUUGGCUCACGAGGAAACUUCGGGCGACUUCGGAAAACAAAGCGAUCUGCGUGCCAUUCCGUCUGCGAUUUACAUUCUAGCAGGCAGGAGGCAGUUCGGGGAGAUUAGUUGUCCCGAAGAGGAGAUUUGUCGCCUGGCGCCUAAUCUCCCCGAAUUUGAGCAUAUGCCCUGACCUUAAAGAGUUUUAAUGACUGAACUUUAUCUGCAUUUACUGCCACGUUGCCAUGUUGUCUAUUUGGGCUGCCCAAUGCCCCAUAUUCUUACAAGGGCAGCAGUAGAUAGUGGAAAUGGCAUGAAUAUUGGAUUCAUUUGUAGAAAGUUUUAAAGAGAGUUUGGCCCAAUGGUAUAAGCAUAAGUAACACAGGAUAAUUAUGUAAUGUGAAAUGUAGUCAUCAAGUUCUAUGCAAGUUCUAACUGCAAAAAAAAAUAUCAUAGAAGUCUUGUAAGGUGGUAUAUUAUCUGGUAAAAUUCACAAGUUACUGUUAUGGAAAACAUAAAUAAAAUAAACAUUUAAACCCAUCA